AGGACAACAGGAGGUUGGCAGCAUCUCUCAUCCCCCCCCGUCCCACUUCUCCCACCUAUGCUCUAGUGCGCCGACCCGCAAGGUUACAAUUUAGGGUUCCACAUGAUCUGGCCUUAGUGACCGCAACAACCAUGUCCUCAAAGUUAAGCUUCGUUUACUCUCCUCUCCUCUUAGGGUUGUUGUCCUCCGCAUCCCGGCAAGGGGAGGCGAGACGAUUAUAGAGCCGAUUAAGUAGGUAGCUCGCAUUACACUUUUUUUUAAGAAUCAGAGGCGAUGUAUAAAACCAUCAACAAGGUGUUUCAGAACCAUGGUGGUAAGAAAAAAACGAGAGGGGAUGCAUCGGACGGCAUUAAUCGCAGCCACAGCUCCGAGAGAUCCCACAAUGGCGCUCCCUACGCGGGAACGCCAAUCCCGCAACAUGCGGCGGUGGCGGCGGCGCAGGACCUGCGGCCAGAUUCACCGCUGCGCCUGGGUUCACCGUCAAUUGCGGCGAUUGGUGAGGCGACGCUGAAGAAGAUCGUGAAGCGCGCGUUCUACGGCGAGGGGUCAGGCGCGCCGGCGGGGAAGACGAAGGAGAUUCCGACGGAGAUGCUGGCGUUCGAAAUCGGCAGCAUCAUGCGCCGCAUGCUCGAGAUCUACGACUCCAUGGCCGAGAAAAUGCUCUCCUCGUUGCGUUCCAACCUGCAGGCGCCGGGGGUGGUGACGCUCAUCUCCAACGACCUUCGCGUGCUCUGGGGCCUCGCAGGCUACGAGAAGCACCAGGAGCUGCGCGUGGUGGCGGCGCGCGUGGCCGUGCUGGGGCGCAAGUGCGCGGACGCGCGGCUGCGGCGGCUGGAGCGCGUGCUGGCGCACCUGGACUCGCCGGACGCCAACUACAAGGACUUCGCCGUGUCCUCCGCCGAGGGCGAGGUGCUGCUCAGGUUCAUGCGAGAGCAAGCAGAGGCGACCAACACACUCAAGGCAGAGAUGGAAGCCAUUCAGCUGCUGCACUCCCGCAUCCAGGAGUACGGCGAGUGGAACUCGCUGCAGGAAAUGGUGACGCAGGGGAAGCUGGUGGAGAAGCUGCAGGGCCACUGCCUCUGGGCCUACCACCUCGACUACCUCGUGCAGUUGCUGGUGGUGGCGGCGUGCUAUGUGCGCAAGAAGAUCUUUGCAUCGUUCGGCCACGGCAUGUGCCCCCCGCGCAUCCGUGAUGCGUCGCUGGGCGAGGCGGGGCUGGCGCUGCACUACGCCAACGUGGUCGUGCUACUCGAGCGGAUCAUCCAGCAGCCUGACGCCGUGCUCGGCCCCACCAGGGACGAGCUGUACGACAUGCUGCCGCGCAACAUCCAGUACCUGCUGCGCGUGCAGCUGCAGGACGCCCUCAACUUCACCAGCGACGGCCGCGUGGAGGCCAACCUCAAGCGCGGGCUGCUGCUGCUGCCCACCAUGGCGCACAACACCAUCCAUUGGCACUCCCUGCACACGCCAGGGGCUGCGCUUGACUUCGGCGAGAUGGUCUUCCAAGUGCAGACGUUCUACUACGCGAACCGCGAGGCGGUGAACGCGACGCUGGUGGACGUGCUGCUGGGGCUGUGCCGCAUCUGCGGCGUGGAGGCGCCCAUCGGCAGCAUCUCCCUGCAGGCCCCCGCCACGGCCGACUUCACCCAGGCGCUGGCGCGCAGCCAGGAGGAGGACGAGCGCGGCUUCCGGCGCCAGUGGGGCAUGGAGGGCCGCGAUGAGGACUGGUUCGGCGGGCAGGUCUUCAAGGUGGACGACGAGCGCCGCAGACCCGCCAGGCACGCCGCCCAGGGGGCGGAGCAGCAGGGCGCGCUGACUGGUGGCUUCGGGGAGGGUGGAUAUGGGGUAGGCGCGUAUAGUUCUGGUGCAAGUGGCGGGCAGUUCAAUGGGGGCGAGUACGAGGAGCAAGGAGGGCAAUGGCAGGUGCACGGAGGGGGGAUGGAAGGGAGGGAAGACGGACGGGCAGCAGCGGCAGCAGGAGGCGGGGGAGGAGGGGCGUUUGCACGCGUGCGGGUUGGGCAGGAGGAGGGGCGAGGGCCGUCCAUGGAGCGGCGCAGCGGCAGCUGGGUGUCGGACCUGUCGGCGGACGAUGCCACCACCUUCGCCGCCGCGUCCUCGCCCUCGCUCUCCCUCUCCGAGGCCGGCAGCUCCUCCAGCAGCAAGCACCACCCCCGCGGCCGCUCCUCGCGCCUCUCGCGCGACGCCUCACUCUCCACCGACGGCCCCUCCACGCCCAACAGCGUCGCCUCCGACCACGACAGCUAUGCAGGCGACGCCGUACCCACAGCCUCAGCCACAGGCGCGCCAGGGGGCGUGGGGAGCCAGGGCGCUGCAGCCCCCCCUUCCGGGAGGAAAGCGAGCCGCACAUCAAGCCGCAAGGGCAGCAGCAGCAGCAACAGCUCCGACCGCCCCUCCACUCCGCCCUUGUUCUCCUCUCCCUUGCGCUCCCCCUCCACCGAUCUCCCCCCCACCACUCCCCCUCACCACACCCGUACACCCCAACGCUCCCCCAGGCAAGGGACAGGGGGCGAUGGGGAAGGGGGAGGGGGCGGGGAGGGGGGGAUAGGUUGGGGAGGGCGUAGUGAGGGUCGCAGAAGUCGAAGCAAGAAGGGCGCAGGAGGGGGCAGCAGCAGCGGCGGCGGCAGUGAGGGUGGAUUCUUUGGCAGCAGUGGAAGCUUCAAGGAGCCAGGCUCGUUGUCCUUGCGUGCGUCGCCUCUCUCCGUGCCUGUGUCAGUGUCGUCCUCGCCGUCCCCCUCGUCCGUGCCGCGCCAGGUCAGUGCAGACGCGCUCUCAGUGAGCUCCAACGACAGCGACGGCCGCUGGUCCUCGUCGCUGUCGCGCCGCUCGUCACGGUGGGCGGGCGUGGUGGGCUUCGGCAAGUCCAAGUCCUCCAGACUCCCCGAGGGGGCGCCGCCCAUUCCGUCACCAGCAGCAGCAGCUGGAGCGGUGGGCGGGGGGAUGCAGGAAAGCGUGCCGGGAAGCAGCAUGGAGAGCGGAGGGGCGCUGGGGCAGGAGAAUCCGUAUGACGACCCGGCGUUUGCAGGGCUGGACACGCCGACACUGCGCAAGGCAAUGCAGGCUGGCGGGCUGGUGGGGUGCUUCACGGGGGCGGGCAGCGUGGUGGACUCCGACUCUGAGGCCGAGAGCCUCUCCUCCGUGGGCAGCCACUCGUCCAGACCAGGCAGCAGCAGCAGCAGGAGCCGGCGCAGCAGCAGAGGGGGAGAUGGGGCGGGCGAAGGGGGGCACGGGCAGGCAGGGCGAGGGCGAGUGAGGAGGUCCACGAGCCGGACCAAGGGAGGCAGCGCAGUGGGGGCGGGGGGCGGGGAGGGCAAAGGUGCGGGUGGGAGCGCAGCAGCAGCAAUGCAGCCCCGCACUCGGCACUACUACUCGCAGCCACUGCCACCGAGGGACCAGUGGAAGGAUGCAGCAAGAGGUGAUGCACAGUGAGGGGGAGGGGUGCAGCAGACACACUCCAUGGGUUACCUGGAGAAGAAAGAGAGGCUCCGUCCGACACACUGAAUCUGGCACUGGCUGCUGCUGCCUUCCUCGACCACCUCAUUGCUGGAGGGGUCGAAGUACACAGCGGAUUGAGCGCCACCCAUGGCAAGCUAACUAACACCUGUAACAUAUUCGCUAACCAGGCUGGCAUACGGUAGCUGUAUUCUGCCAUUGAUUUGCUAUACCCCGUGAAAGAGGACUCCAUGAUGUGCCGAAGGGCUGCUGUAUUGGGCUGCUGAUUGUCGUGCAGGUCAGGGCUGUUUUUAUCAGACGAUUUAGAGCGUGUUCCUACAAGCCUCUUCCCAAGCAACCUCUUCCCAGACUCGUGUGCUACAGUGUCGCAAAUUUUGACGCGAAAGGUUUCAGUGCGAUUUCGCGAAGUGCGAAGUGAGAUUCGGCUUCCCGAGUUUCAGGGGCGUGUUCUAGAACCUUUUUUCAGACGAGCAGAUUUUCAGACA